UCCAUUCCGUCAUCGCUGGCAGAUUACAUCAUGUUCGAUGAUCUAAACACGUGACGUUGAUAAGGUGUUAUUUCAGACGUCGGUUCUGAAUUUAACUCCUUGUAACUUUUAAUUUGAUGUUUUAAGUUUAAAAAUCGAUGCAAGAUGUCGUAUUACGGACAGCAAGCACAACCAGACAGACAAUUUUUAUGGAAUUUGUUUCAAAGGGUUGAUACUGAUAGAAGCGGGACUAUUACAGCAACGGAAUUACAACGAGCAUUAUCUAAUGGUACAUGGAAACCUUUCAAUGCAGAAACUGUUCGGAUGAUGAUUGGAAUGUUUGAUCGUAGGAACAGUGGAACAGUCAAUUUUGAAGAGUUUGCAGCGCUUUGGCGAUAUAUUACUGAUUGGUUAAAUUGCUUCAGAAGUUUUGACAGAGAUAAUUCAGGAAAUAUUGAUGAAAAAGAACUCCAAACUGCUCUUACAAAUUUUGACUCUGACUGCUGCCUUCAGGAAUUAUGACACUGACCACGAUGGCUGGAUCACCAUUGCCUAUGAAGAUUUUCUAAAUCUAGUGUUCAGUUUACAAAUGUAAACUAUUUACACCAAAAAUCAAAAGAUUCAUUCCAUUCUAUUGCCAACUGUAUGAAAGCCUUAAAUUUUCUAAGUCACCUUUUUAUAUAAAAUAUUUAUCUGUAUAUAAUUUUACGUUUACAUUAUCAUUAGUCCCUUAGGAAUGUUGCUGUAAAAGAUAUUUUAAUUAAAAAUUUAAAGUAUAAGUAAAGUUUUCACAAUGAAUGAAAAACUGUAAAAUGCAUAAAAUUUAUUUAGAAUAUUUUAUUUGAAUGUUAUGAAAAAUAAUUCUGAACUCAAAUUUUCUUUAGGACAAAUGUUAAAUGUAAAAUUUCUUGUCAA